AAGAAGAAGAAGAAGACUGUUUCCGGUUGUCACCGUCCGUCGCAUCUGACCCCCGGCACAGAAAACAGUGUCUGUUGUCUUCUGAAGCCGCCUUUGGUAUCAUUUCUGACAGCCAGGGCAACCCCCCCUCCAUGUGUGAUCCCUGAUGGGCAACUGGUCUCGCUGUGCUGUGCUGGAGCUGUACAAGGCGCUGCUCCGCGCAGGGCGCCACCUUCAAUACACCGACAAGAACUACUACCGCUCGGUCGUGGCCCGAGAGUUUCGCCGCUGUAAGGCCCUGACCGCUGAGGAGAAGGAGGCGGCGCUGAAGAGGGGCCAGUUUUUCCUCAGCAGUGGACUGGGUGGGCUUAUGUAGCGGGGAGGCAGGCACCAGGGGCCAUCUGGAGGUGUGUCUCUCAGUGGCAGGAUGGCAGGWGUGAAUGGAGACCGUAAAGGAAAAAAAGAUGACAACGGCAUUGGAACAGCGAUCGACUUCAUGCUGUCAAACGCCAAGCUGGUGCUGGGGGUGGGCGGGGCGGCCAUGCUCGGCAUCGCAACGCUAGCUGUCAAAAGAAUGUARGACCGUGCCAUGAGCGCCCCCACCAGCCCCACCAAGAUGGAGAAGACAGGAAAGAGGAGCUGGGAGGAGCCCGCCUGGAUGGGGUCGUCGCCACGAGUCCUGAACCACAACAUGAAGUCCACAGUCAGCAGGUCUCUCCAGUCUCUGCCCACUUCCUCACAUUCUUUUGAACCAGACGGUCUGCGGAGAGCCGUGGGGCGCUCUGCCAUGGGCAGAGGCGGCGGCGCUCAGUCUGACCUGCUGCGGGCACGGAUGCGCCUGUCUCUGCAGGAACGUCUGUGGGCGUUCUACCAGAACAGCGUCAACAUCCCUGCCGAGGAGCAGGCCAUGGCCAGAAAGGCGGCUCUGGACAUCUGCGCCGAGCUCAGGGUGUUCCUGCAUGCCAAACUGCCUGACAUGCCACUCCGAGAGAUGUACCUCAGCGGCAGCUUGUAUGAUGACCUGCAGGUGGUGACAGCCGACCACGCCCAGCUGAUGGUUCCUCUUGUCUUGGAGAAGAAUCUGUGGUCGUCCAUUCCCGGUGAGGACACCAUCAUGAAUCUGCCGGGUUUCUGGCUUGUCCGCAGGGAAAACCUGGAGUAUUUCCCACGGAACAGCAGCUACUGGGACCGCUGCAUGGUCGGAGGUUACCUCUCCCCCAAAUCAGUCCUUGAGGUCUUCGACAAGCUGGUCGCCGGCUCCAUCAACUGGCCYGCCAUCGGGAGCGUCCUCGAUUACAUCAUCCGCCCCGUGGUUCCCUCCGAGACACUGACCCUGGAGGUUCAGUACGAGACCAACCGGAGGCUCUAUGUGGACUUCCUGCCUUUGCUCGUGAUGGAGGACAGCACCUCGCUGAUCGCCAAGCCGCACCGGCUCGCCGCCGAGCGCCACGACAACCUGUGGCGGCAGAGCUUCCGUGUUGGCGAGACGGCGCGGCUCAGGGCGCUGGACCAGGAGGACGGGGGCUGCCGCUGCACCUGCCUGAAGGUGGCGAAGGCUGUGUGUAAGCUGAACCCCGCCCUGAGCCAACUCAACGCCAGCCAGCUCACCAACGCCAUCCUGCUGCUGAGCGAGAAGGAGGGCGACUGGACCCAGGAGGCGCUGGCCGACCGCUUCCUUCAGCUGCUGCGAGCGCUGGUGGAACACUUGGAGGCAGGGAGGCUGCCGUGCGCCCUCAGCCCCAAAGUGAACCUGUUCUGUGAGCUGARGGAACAGGAAGUAGACGAGCUGGGCUACACGCUCUACUGCGCCCUUUCAGAACCGGAGGCGCUGCUAAGAACUGCCGAGCCACAGGUCUGAAACCCCCGUCUCCGGUUCAGUGUUCAGGAGCCCUGCAUGGAAAACGGAUCUGUUCCUGUUGGUUUUUACUGCCUCCCUAAAAGCACCUGUGAGUAAACACGAGACCGUUUCAUGAUGUUCCAAAAAUGUUAUUCUUGAAAGGAAGUGGUGUUUUUCUUUCAGAAACCAUUGUAUUAAUGAAAUUCAGAUUAAACUUCUGUGAUUCUUCAGAACAUAAAAUUAAAUUUUCUCUGCCUGAUGGAGCUGUUUAGCAGUGUUCAGAGUUAAUUUCUGUUUUUCGGUGAGUUUGUGCCGCAGCUUCAGGAGAUGAAAUACUAAAUACCUGUAUGCUGGUUUAAAAAGUUUGAUCAGAAAUUAACUUAAAGCCCUUUUUUGCUUUACAAUGCUCAACUUGUGAACCAGUAAAGUUUCAAUAAUACGGUGGCUCCAGUCAAAUAUGGAGGAAUAGUGUUUCAAAUGUCUUCAGCUUGUUUGCCAUUAUUUAAUAUGAAUCCUUAAAGAACAAGCAAAUAUGGGGAAAAAGGAAAUUCUUGAUUUUUAUUUUCUGGAUGGUUGAAAUUCCAACUAAUAAAUGGUCUAAUUUAGCAGCAAGUAGAGAUCAUGUGAUGGUUGGACAGAAGUGCUCUUUGUUCUGAAAUGGACUCACGUUGCUUCACUGCACAAGUCCAGUCCAGUAUGUUAAAAUAAAAGGAUAGUUCAGCUCUUUUAAAGUGGGAUUCUGUGGAAAAGUUGGGAACAGUUGUCUCACCUACAUGUGGCUCUUUGGACGACCUCAGUUUGGAGACAUGAACUAGAAGCUAAUGGCUAAUAGAGAUGGGCAUUUUUAAAGAAAAGGUUUUCGAGUAAUUGUUCAUUUUUUUAAACACCCUUCAAGCUUCUACCAGCCACCACUCCAAACAUAAGACUAUAUUUAUUAGGYCUAAUUUAAUACAGCACAAGAAGUGUCAGCACAACAACAAACUGUUUAAAACAGUUUAUGACGUUUUCUGCUUCGUGUCUUUGCUUAAACUUGCGAUAAAAUAAAUUUUACUCACCCCAAGUCCUGCAGCUGAAAACCCUUUAAUGGAACGAAGGGUUCAGGCACUGAGACAUGCUGUUGAAAGUUUAAUGUGAGGAGGAUGUGCAUAUUCUGACAGGAAACCAGUUUCCACUUCGUUAUCCUUUCAAAAUAAAUGUCUGUGGCAGAAACAUAACCUUAGUAAUUUUUUUUCUUUUAUCAGAAAAGGAGCACAGCGGUAGAUGUUAUCUAGAAAAAAAAAUUGCACUUUAAGGAAACAACUUGUGUUAUUAUCAGGUGCUGGUGUUAAAAGAUAAACAAAUACAUUUAAAAAAAUAACUGAGUCACAAUUAUUUUCUACCAAAUUCACCUUUUUAAAGGACCUUGCGGACCAUGUUUUCUCACCCCAAUCUAUUCUGAGGCUGGUCAGAGCUAUCAACAACAGGUUAGGGCUGGGCAAUKAUUCACUAACAAUAUGUAACACAAUGCACGUGAUCAGUAUCAAUAGAAAAUUUGUCAAAUGGACUGUUGUUAAUGCUGCUGUCCAGUUGCAGUGGAACUGAAAUUGUAAAGUUUUAAGGUUUAAAAGCUUUCCAGUUUGUCAGAACGCCAGAAAAAAGCCUUUGUUUCUUGUUUUGUCGACAGGAUGCAACAAUAACGCAACAACAGCGCUUUACAUGGUGUUUUGAGUGUACAGCAUUAAACAGCAUUAAAACACGUCACGUAAAAAUUAAGUCAGUUGUACUUUAUAGCAAUUCUUAAGUAAACGCAGAACUGCUAAAAACUAAACGUGAAGAGUUUUAGUUGCUCUUGAUGCGAGAAGCAGCCAUGUUGAAAUGAUGGCCUGCUUGGGCUGCUCUGGUGUGGUCGUGUUGCACGACUUCCUGACUCAUGUUUACGACUUUAGGGGCUGCGCCAGUUCAUAUUUUUGACACUGAAGUUCGAGAUUCCGACCUUCGAGGACGACUGGAAUGCAUCGUAAUUUCACUGAGCUCCGAUCCAGAACCUCACGGCAUUCUGGGUGAUGUAGAAGAGGCUUUAGCUGCUUGACACCUCACAGCCCAGCUAAGCAUCAACUAACCUCCUUCACUCUUUGGUAAGCUAGCAGUAAUCUGUUGAGGAACAUGUACAGCGGCAGUUUCGUGUUUCACCACCGUGCAUCAGAACUGCUUUAAAAUAAAAAAGGACCUGGAGUGAAAGAAAACGAGCAACAGCUCAAGAGGAAAUUGUGGAUAAAAGAGGAAAGGUCACAUCACCAGUAUCAUUAAUCAGCCUUUUUUUUCUUCUGCUCUUUAUUUCAAAUGGGUAAAACAAAAACUAAUAAUUAUUGAUAUUGACUGAUAUGAAACACUUAAAAUGUGAUGCAUUUUUCAGUCAUAUUGCCCAGGCCUACAACAGGUAAGYUGGUUAUUGUUUAUAAUCUUUCUACAGAACCCCACUUCAAAAAAUCUUUAACCAGUCAGUAUCGUAUGCUUCACAUCACUGGGUAUUUAAAGAUAAAAUUUCUUUAUUCUGCGUUCGAUUUAGAUUGAAAAAGAAAGUAUUUUAAAUCAAGACUUUUCUGAACUGUUUCAGUGUCCUGGCUUUAUUUUUUUCAACUUCCUGUUUGCAAUUCUUCUGGUUUUAAACAUGUUGCAGUUCUCUCCAAGUGGGACCUGAGUCGCUAACAAGCUGUUUCUGCUAAACAACCUGAAGUCGUAAAGCAACCGUUAAAUCCAGAUUAACUGAUCUGUGCCAGACGUGGAUUAAGGAGCUUGUCGUGUAUGUCAUCAGAUUACAGGUGGUAUUUAAAAAAUAAAUAAAUAAAAAAAAUCACUACCUGAUCUUUUAGCCAAAGUUUCUUGUGUUAGAACAAUUUCAAAUUCAGCGGGCGUCCUUUUAUCUUGAUAGAAAAUCCUGAGUGGAGUGAAUUCUACAAGCUGUCAGACGGUUUGUCUCUACAUUCAAAGUAUGUUGUCAAAAAAAUGUCACUGCUGCUUUUUUUCUCGACUCUUGCCUUCGACUUGUAAAAAAUAAAGUAUCCAGAGUAAAUGUC